AUGACUAGACUCGUCCUGGCGCUCGUUACGCUUGUGUGCGUUGUCCUUUGUGAAUUCCCCAGCACGGAUAAUAGACUCAGGAGCAAGCGGAGUCUGGUUUAUCCUAGUCCUGUAUCUAAAGUUCAAGCUAUUAUGGGUGCUGGUUUUCCAGUUGAUCUGCAAGAUGAAUCCGUCGUUGUAGGUGUAGUAAUAAAAGCAUUAUACUUGUUGCCUCGAAACUCUAACGAUUACACCAAUCCGAAUAUUUAUUACGCAAGAAACCGCCAAAGACGCUCCGCGGAGCUGAGCACAAGCCGUUGGGAUGUUUAUAAAAUCCUCGAACAAUACGCGCAGGUUUAUGGCUUCGGCGGUAAAGAAUGCCUCCUGCGUACCAUAUGCGAAUUAGCCGACGUGCCCAUCGAUAAAUCACGUGGCAUAAUGGACGAGAUUCUGCACGUCCUCUUCCGGCCAACGACAACCCGUGAAACACCCAGCGAAAACUCCGACAACGAUUAUUAUGCGGCGCAAAUGCUCGGUGCCAAAGCACUGCCAGGACAAUGUGCCAAAUAUUAUCGUGAUUGUACCAAAAGUUAUGUUGAUUUAUUCACCGUCACAAAAUAA